UUGAACGACUGUAAGAAGAUAAGUCAGGAAGCUAAUAAGAAAAGAUCUGCCGCCAUGCCUCCUGGUGGAAUUAAGCCUCGUCCUCCUAAGAGAGUUCAUGCGAACAUCCCAAUGAAUGCGCGAGUUACAAGGUCGAACAAAAGAUUAUUACUUGAUGCUGAUGCAAUUCCUCAAACCGAAGGGCUGUCAGAUCCUAAACAAAAAACACCUGCCACCAUAAGCCAACUAUUUCUAUGCCUGAAGCGGAAGAAACUGUUCCCAACUCCGAUGACCACACACUUGGUGUUGAAGAUCGCGACCAUGCCCAUUGUGAUGACGACUACUGGAUGACCAAUGGAGUUGAUCUCAUUGCCCAUCAUGGUGAUAGCAACUAGAUGGAUUGUGAAGCUGGUGGUACUGCCCAACCUUGUCAACAAACACAAACUGAACCUGACAAUGAUCCUGAAGGGCCACAAUCCUAUGAUGAGACAAGGGAAAGGGGGCCCAAUAUUGGAAAAGGCCUGGAAAGGAUCAGACGACGCUUGGGGGCCAAACUGCCACUUGUCAUUCCAGAAGGGAGGUUAAGGCCAGAGGCACCUCUUCUUGCUGCAAAGUUUGCAACUGAAUGCAAUGUUACAGUCAGAGGCCAUGUGCCUGUGUUUAAGCACUGGAAGGAUUACAAGGACCCAGAGGGAAAUGUUCGAGAAGGGAUCUUCAAGAACUUUGUAGGCAAAGUUGGUAACAAGUUUGAGAUGGACGUAAAAGCGGUGCCGGUUAGGAAGGCUUGUACACAAAUGUUGAAACGUGCGAUUCGCCAACAACGAUACAGGCUCAAGUAGAAGUAUUUAGAUCCUUUCCCACUCAAUUUGGUAACGAGAACAUCUUCGGUCGACUCGAUGAGUGAUGACCAGUGGAAUGAGCUUGUGGAAAGCUGGAAGGAUCCGAAAA